AUGAAUUAUGAAGCAGAGAGAGCCAUGAACCAGAAAAGGUUACGGAUGGAGGGUGAACCUGGACACGGCGUUGUCCAGGGUAAUGGAUUGCCUCUUAACUAUUUGGAUAAUGGUCACCAAAUCCCAUAUCAACCGUAUGCCGGUGCAUAUAAUACUCACUACCCGCCACCGGAUGCUUUUGCUGCCUAUGGACCACCUCCCCCAGGGGGUUAUGCGCCCCAAAACCUGUCAUAUGCUCCACCAGCACAUCAAAAUUAUGCCCAUCAUCAGAGCUUUCCUCAACAACAAGCCCAGCUACAUAUGGCACAAUCGCAUAUGGGUAUGUUGUUCAAACCCCCAGUACAAGGCUAUGCCCCGGAUGUGGGCAUCCAUAAAUCAGCUUGGCCUCCGCAGCCGCACUUGUUACCACCUCUUGAUGCUCAAAAACCCAUUGAUAUCAAACAAUUAAAGCCAGAAAUAAAGUUGGAGCCAUCAGAUUCCCAAAAGAGACCGCACCCUGAAGCUGAACUGAUUCAAUCUGGUGAUUUAGAGCAGCCAAAAAUAAAAAUCAAAACAGAUAUCUUCAAACCAGAUGAUAUGAGGGUUGAUGAUAAGCCGAGAGAUGUCAAUUCAAUAAAACCUCAGGAUGUUUCGAAGCCACCAGAUCAACUGGCAAAAGAUGAUUGCCAACCUGGUCCUGAAGGCGAUAAACCUCCAGAAGCUGCUAGCAUUAUACCCGGUGAGCCAAGACCAAUUGAAGCUGCUGGAACACCAACAAAGAAACUGGAUGAGGAGAGGAAACCGUUCAGCAGUCCAGAAUUGGGCAGACCAGGGGGAACACCGGGGAAGAGUACUCCAGGUUUAGAGCCGAAGAAACGCGGUCGCCCUAAAGGUUCGACGAACAAACCGAAACCCCCUGGUACGCCUAGUAAAGUCUCCCCAGGGGCCGCGACAGCUUUGCCAGCCGUUCGACCCCCGCCAGGGCCAGGGGGGCCAAGGGGCACAACUCCAGUGGGACGACCGAGGGCCAUGCCUUACCAGUACAGUGUUAGGCCCUUCAGGAAGGAUUUUUCGGGGAUUCAGUUCAGGAGGCGAUGGAGUGACGACUGUCUUGAUUCAUCGCACAUCCCGAAUGAAGUGUACUUCGGUGAUGUUCCUGUGCCGCUGUCAGUUCUGUACAACUACUACGACGCAAAUGCUGAGCGCGAGCGGCUCGCCAGUCAAGCUGCACAUAUCGCCGCGCAGAAGGCAGCAGCAGCCAAGCUCGCUGCAGCAAAACUUCGCGGGGUUGUAUCUAAUGAAGUAACAACAGUCGAUUCUUCAUCAGAUGACGAGUCAUCUGGCUCAUCUGGAAGUGGUUCAGAGGACAGUGAUGAAGAUCAACCCCUAAAGCGCGGGCCUGGUCGGCCGAAGGGGUCGCGAAACUCGACGCCGAAGACGCCGGGAACCCCUGGCACGCCUGGGUCAGGAAGACGCGGGAGACCUCCCGUACCACCAGAAUUGCGUCAACCGGGUAUCACCGACAUGAAGAAGUUCUGCAAGGCGGCCGGUAUCCGGUUCGACUACAAAAAGCUUGUUGAAGGUUGCACAAAGAACAAAGAGCGAGUUGGUAAAAUGCUAGAGCUGUUAAUAGCAGCUGGACUCGACGGUAAACCCACUAUGGAGAAAUGCAAGGCGAUAAAGCAAGCCAAAAUGGACAAGAAAGAACAAGAAAAGCAGGCCAAGAGGGAGGCGAAAGCGAAGUGUAAAGACGAAGAAGGCACAGAAGGUGUAGCGAGAAGGAUGACCCGGGGCGCUACUGGCGUAAAACCAAGACAACGCAUCGUGAUAUCCUCCGACGAAGAGGAUGGGACCCCGGCUGCGAGGAGAACUGUCUCCAAGUUGCGCUCUAGUGUUAACGACGAGUCCGACUCGCAGUAA